GCCGGCUAUGGUCGCUCCUCCGUGGGUUCCAUCGCGCCUACAAAGGGGCAUUCAACACAUACAAGGACGAGGUGGGGGCGACAUAUUUACUUGUAGAGCACACCUCUUCAUCACCACGUAGCAGUCAUGGCAUCUGGUCUUCGUGUGACCAUCCUGCUUUUUGGGCUCAGUGGACCUUUGGCUGGAGUUUGGUCUUGGCCCUUCCAGAAGGACAAUGGUGUUUGCUGUCCUAAGGGCUGGACCACGUUGGAUGACCACUGUUACGUCUUCAAAAAAGGAGCCAGGUCAUUUGCAGAUGCAGAGAGCAUCUGCAACCUUCUUGGUGGGAACCUGGCUUCGAUCACCAGCGAGCUGGAGAACCGAGUUGUUACUUCACUGGUUGAUUCGGGAGAAGCAAGGUCAGCCUGGAUUGGACUCAGCGACGCCAUCGAGGUCGGAGACUUUUUGUGGACUGAUGGCAGAGAGUUUGGCUUCAACCAGAUCGACUCCGGAGAGCCGAGCGAUGAUUUCUGUCUGGAGAUUUUAACCAAAGGAAGUUCAGGUCCGUGGAUUCGUGAGUCGUGCGGCAUCGAGCUGCCAUACGUUUGCAUCCGAGAGGCAACUUGUUCCAACCACUAAUCAUACCUCCUGCUCUCGUAUCAAAAUCAAAUCUUUCUGUCUCUGGCUUUACCAUCAAGUCUUCUUGUCGUCUUCCUCUCCACAUUCCAACCUAGAAAGAUCAUCAGUGUUGCCAGCUGGGCCAUUUGGUCCACAUUCCAACACCUCUUGACGACAUAUUUUCUCAGAAACGAUAAAUCUAGCGACUUUUUCUGAUUGGUUGUUGGGGACUUUUGGGGGUAUUUGGAGACUCAAAAGUGAUGAAAUGAUGGCCUAUUUUAAAUGAACAAUCCAGUAAUCAUUCUUUCUAAAGGUAAUGAAGGUGUUUGGUCUCUCCUACACUAUAUGCAAAUGAGAUGGAAAUUAGCCGCUAACAUCAUCCAGCGACUUGUAGCAGCGCCAACAGCUUGUUGUAUUACUGGCUGCAGUGUUGGCAGCAGUGCAGUCAACUGAAGAAAAGAACAAUAAAAUGUGUUU